AUGAACUUCGAGGGUCUGGACCCCGGACUGGCAGAGUAUGCCCCAGCCAUGCAUUCUGCCCUGGACCCUGUCCUGGAUGCCCACCUGAACCCAAGUCUGCUACAGAAUGUGGAGCUGGACCCGGAAGGAGUGGCCUUGGAGGCUCUUCCUGUCCAGGAGUCAGUGCACAUAAUGGAAGGUGUCUACUCUGAAUUGCACAGUGUGGUGGCUGAAGUGGGUGUGCCUGUCACCGUCUCCCACUUUGACUUGCACGAGGAGAUGCUGUGGGUGGGAAGCCAUGGGGGUCAUGCCACUUCAUUUUUUGGCCCAACCUUGGAGCGCUACUCAUCGUUUCAGGUCAAUAGCAGUGAUGACAUUCGGCAGAUCCAGAGCCUGGAGAAUGGGAUCCUUUUUCUCACCAAGAACAACCUCAAGUAUAUGGCCCGUGGGGGCCUCAUUAUAUUCGAUUAUCUGCUGGAUGAGAGUGAGGACAUGCAGAGUCUCCUGCUGACGGACAGCAGCAUGCUGCUAGUUGGCGGGCUGCAGAACCACAUAUUGGAGAUAGACCUUAACACUGUCCAGGAGACUCAGAAGUAUGCAGUUGAGACACCUGGAGUCGCCAUCAUGAGACAGACAAACCGCUUCUUCUUCUGUGGCCAUACAUCUGGCAAGAUUUCCCUGCGAGACCUUCGUACUUUUAAGGUGGAGCACGAGUUCGAUGCGUUCUCAGGGAGUCUGUCAGACUUUGAUGUGCACGGCAACCUGCUGGCCAGCUGUGGCUUCUCCAGCCGCCUCACCGGCCUCGCCUGUGACCGCUUCCUCAAGGUGUAUGAUCUGCGCAUGAUGCGCGCCAUCACGCCCCUUCAAGUACACGUGGAUCCUGCCUUCUUACGCUUCAUCCCUACAUACACUUCUCGUCUUGCUAUCAUCUCCCAGUCAGGGCAAUGCCAGUUCUGCGAACCCACAGGCCUGGCCAACCCAGCGGACAUCUUUCAUGUGAAUCCUGUGGGGCCUCUGUUGAUGACGUUUGAUGUGUCAGCCAGCAAGCAGGCCCUGGCCUUUGGCGAUUCUGAGGGCUGUGUACACCUCUGGACUGAUUCCCCUGAGCCUUCCUUUAACCCCUACUCCCGGGAGACCGAGUUUGCUUUGCCCUGUCUUGUGGACUCACUGCCUCCUCUGGACUGGAGCCAGGACCUGCUGCCUCUUUCCCUCAUCCCUGUCCCGCUCACCACUGACACGCUCCUCUCUGAUUGGCCUGCUGCCAACUCUGCUCCAGCUCCCAGGCGAGCACCUCCUGUGGAUGCAGAGAUCCUGCGCACCAUGAAGAAGGUGGGCUUCAUUGGCUAUGCACCCAACCCCCGCACCAGGCUGCGCAAUCAGAUUCCUUACCGACUCAAGGAGUCAGACAGUGAAUUUGACAGCUUCAGCCAGGUCCCUGAAUCACCAAUAGGGCGGGAAGAGGAGCCGCAUCUCCACAUGGUCUCUAAGAAAUACCGCAAGGUAACCAUCAAAUACUCCAAGCUAGGGCUGGAGGACUUUGACUUCAAACACUACAAUAAGACCCUGUUUGCUGGAUUGGAGCCCCAUAUCCCCAAUGCCUACUGUAACUGCAUGAUCCAGGUGCUCUAUUUCCUGGAGCCCGUUCGCUGCCUAAUCCAGAACCACCUUUGCCAGAAGGAGUUCUGCCUGGCAUGUGAGCUGGGCUUCCUUUUCCACAUGUUGGACCUCUCCCGAGGUGACCCUUGUCAGGGCAGUAAUUUUCUCCGGGCAUUCCGCACCAUUCCCGAGGCCUCAGCCCUUGGUCUGAUCCUGGCUGACUCAGAUGAGGCUUCAGGCAAGGGCAAUCUGGCCAGGCUUAUCCAGAGGUGGAAUCGCUUCAUUCUCACUCAGCUGCAUCAGGACAUGCAGGAGCUGGAAGUACCUCAGGCUUAUCGAGGUGCUGCAAGCAGCAGCUUUUGCUCAUCGGGGGACUCUGUCAUUGGACAGCUGUUCAGCUGUGAGAUGGAGAACUGCAGCCUGUGCCGCUGUGGCAGUGAGACCGUGCGGGCCUCAUCUACUUUGCUCUUCACACUCUCCUACCCUGAGGAUAAAGCCGGGAAGAACUGUGACUUUGCUCAGGUGCUAAAACGAAGCAUCUGCCUGGAGCAGAACACUCAGGCCUGGUGUGACAACUGUGAGAAGUACCAGCCUACGAUUCAGACACGCAACAUCCGCCACCUACCAGAUAUUCUUGUCAUCAAUUGUGAAGUGAACAGCGUGAAAGAAGCUGAUUUCUGGAGAAUGCAGGCUGAGGUUGCCUUCAAGAUGGCAAUAAAGAAGCACAGUGGGGAAAUCUCCAAGAACAAGGAGCUUGCUUUGUCUGAUUGGAAGGAACUAGGGAGUCCAGAGGGCAUGCUGAUGUGUCCUUCCAUUGAGGAGCUGAAGAAUGUCUGGCUUCCUUUCUCUAUCCGCAUGAAGCUGACCAAGAACAAAGGACUGGAUGUUUGCAAUUGGACUGAUGGGGAUGAGAUGCAGUGGGGCCCAGCCAGGGCAGAGGAGGAACAUGGUGUCUAUGUGUAUGACCUGAUGGCCACUGUGGUACACAUCCUGGACUCACGCACAGGGGGCAGCCUGGUGGCUCACAUCAAAGUUGGAGAGACCUACCACCAACGCAAGGAGGGCGUUACCCACCAGCAGUGGUAUCUCUUCAAUGACUUUCUUAUUGAACCUAUUGAUAAGCAUGAAGCUGUGCAGUUUGACAUGAAUUGGAAAGUGCCUGCUAUCCUUUAUUACACCAAGAGAAAUCUUAAUUCUAAAUACAAUCUGCACAUCAAGAACCCUAUUGAGGCGAGUGUCUUGAUGGCUGAAGCCUCACUAGCACGGAAGCAGCGGAAAACACACACUACCUUUAUUCCACUGAUGCUGAAUGAGAUGCCACAGAUUGGGGACCUGGUGGGCCUGGAUGCUGAAUUUGUCACCCUUAAUGAGGAGGAAGCAGAGUUACGCAGUGAUGGUACCAAGUCUACAAUCAAACCAAGUCAGAUGUCAGUCGCUAGAAUUACCUGUGUUCGGGGCCAGGGACCCAACGAGGGGAUCCCGUUCAUUGAUGACUAUAUCUCUACCCAGGAGCAGGUCGUGGAUUACUUGACUCAGUACUCAGGAAUAAAGCCAGGAGAUCUUGAUGCCAAGAUUUCCUCUAAGCACCUCACAACUCUCAAGUCUACGUACUUAAAGCUUCGUUUUCUCAUAGACAUUGGAGUCAAGUUUGUGGGUCAUGGUCUGCAGAAGGACUUCCGGGUCAUCAAUCUCAUGGUGCCCAAGGACCAAGUCCUUGACACUGUCUAUCUGUUUCACAUGCCCCGAAAGCGAAUGAUUUCCCUGCGAUUCCUUGCUUGGUACUUUCUAGACCUAAAGAUUCAAGGGGAGACCCAUGACAGUAUUGAAGAUGCUCGCACAGCCCUUCAGCUUUACCAAAAGUAUCUGGAGCUAAGCAAAAAUGGCACUGAGCCUGAGUCCUUCCACAAAGUACUCAAGGGCCUUUAUGAGAAGGGCCGAAAGAUGGACUGGAAGGUGCCUGAGCCUGAGGGCCAGACAAGUCCCAAGAAUGCAGCUGUUUUUUCUUCAGUGUUGGCACUCUGA